AUGAUACCCACUGGCUCAACCUUCUUGAAAGCGUCAUGGAGUGUGAUAGGCUCGCAGACUCCGCACCGAAACUCGUCCUUCGUACCGCAGGGCAUCAUGGGUGGACAGAAGCAGUCCAAGAGGAGACCGUCAUUCGCCAUCGCCGCCGCCUUCGAGGGGUACGAGGAUCUGGAAGAUGAUGAGGGCCCUAUUCAUAUGUAUGGACAUGAAAAGGAGCCGGAAGACCCGGAAGAGGAGCGUGCGCGUGCUCUCAAGGAGCAAUUCAAACGUGGCAUGGAGAAGAAAAAGCUCUGGAUGCAGUCACUGGCGACGCAGAACCUUCACGCAGCCGUCGUCAAGAGUGUGGCUGACUGCUACGCACCGCUUUACACAGCAAUGGGGCUGGAAGGAAAGUGUCCACUGUUGGCGGUGGCCAAGGACGAGGCCAAGGGGGAAAAUGAGCUGGAGACGCAAUACCAGCCGCUGCGCUUCGACGAUAUGCUUACCAAAGCCACGGAGCAAGAGGCUCUGCCGCUCCUAGUCAUUGCCAAACGGCCCAUGCUGGCGCUUACUAUCGUGGAGCACCGGAACAAGCUCUCUGAAGAAAUAGCGAGACGCUCGAAAGCAGGAACCGGCGUCGUGCUACCAGGGGCACACACGAUGGAGGACGAGAAUGUGGUAUCAUUAGGUAGCCACCUCCGUAUGUUCUACUCGUGGGCGACGAGUGUUUAUGCCAUGUGUGGAUCAAAUUACUACUCGAAACUGUUUGACAUCUACAAGCGCGCGCAAGACGCUGGAGUGUACGUGACGGCAAAUAUGAACGUCCAGUGCUUAACGGCAUUGAUCGCGGAAAGACGGUUCGACGAAGUGUUUGAGUUUUACGAGGCAGUGACUCGGGAGAAUCUCCCUACGUCUGUCUUCUUCUACAGACAACUGCUGUUUGCAGUGUCUACAACUCGCAAAGUAGAGCGUCUGGACGCGAUUCUUGAAGAUAUGCGUGUCAAGGGCUUCAGACUCCGUGCCGACGACUUUUUGCGUGCCAUUCGCGCGUAUGAUGACGAGUAUUUCCUUAUGGAGGUGAAGCGAAAGGAUAGACUUCGGUCGAACGAACGAAACCGUGACGAACGCAAGACAGAGAAAGUAGAGACCGUGUUGACGACACCCAGAGAUUCGUACGACGGAUGCUUAAAGCGAAUUCAAGAGCAGGAGGAUCACCCAGACCGCUUUGAGAAGAUCGCCGAGGCCGCCCAUAGCGUGUUAACGCUUUUCGAUACAAUGGUGGACAUUGAUGGCCUGGCCCCAAGGCACGAGCACCUAUUCCCACGUGUGAUCACAGCAGCGGUAUACGCGCAGGAAUGCGAGCGCGUUCCUGAACUCUUGGCUCUGCACGCGGAACAUGCUGACAAACCUCUCCACUAUGCAGGUGUCCUCAUGGCUGUCAAUGCGCUCUUGCUGCUCGAUAAGCCCACCGAGGCGUGGGGUCUAAUCCGCGAGACAAAUCCACAGCUUGAGCCUCAUCGCUAUGCGUUGGUGACCAACAUUCUCGACUAUCUGUGCUUGAAGAAACGCGGUGCAGACAUUAUCACGCUGAUGCACGCUGUGGAUAAACUGGAAGUGCGGGGCGUGUUCACCGUUGCCUUGAUAAAAAGAUUGGUGCCUACACUUUGUCGCAGUAUCGACACUGUCAGUGACGAGAAGUUACUGGCGACGAUGACGCACUUUAAAGACGUCUUCAGGCUGUCCAGUGAACCUCAAUUCGGUGUAUUUCUUCGUAGAUGCUGCCACUACGGACGUCUGGAGGUCGUAAAAACUGCUCUCAAGCAGUGGUUGGAUACCUCCAGCAAAAAUAAGCGUCCUUUAAACGGACCUCUAGGUCUUCGGCUCCUGGAGGCGUUCGAGGGCGAGUCUGACUGGGCAUUCAUGGCUGAAGUGUUCGAAAUGAUCGAUUUCUCGUUUGCACGAGACGAAUGUGGCCGCAAGGCAAUCGUGGCAUCUGUUUCGCGCGCCUAUAAAGCGCUUGGUCAACCGGAACGUGCAAAGCGAGCCGAGAAAUUAUUGACCGUAGCCGCCGAAAGGCGUCAGAAACAAUGGCGUCAACGCAAGUCGAUGAAGCAGGAGGGGCGGAACUUCGAGUCGAGACGUACUCGUAGAGUGUCAGAAACACGAACUGCUUCCGUUUCCUCAGCACCCAUGAUGAUCAACGGUAUCCCUGUCAUCUCCUCGUCGUCGUAG